UGACAGUGUACGUGUGUGUGUGUGUGUGUGUGUGUGUGUAUGUGUGUAAGCAGCAGAACACAUGCUGGUUGGCAUAGACAUACGGCAACCAAAUGGAAAAGGAAAAUUCUGAAGAUUCUACUCUCUUCAAAUUCAUAAUCAGGUCUUGUGUGUGGCUUUGGUGCUCCUAAUGGAAUCAUGGUAACAGCUCACAGCACAGUCACAUUUCUCCUGCUGCUAGCCUGCUGUUCUGUCCUCUGCUCCUCUGUAGGGCCUCCUGUGCUGUCUUCCUAUGCCAAGACAGAGGACAAACUUUUUAAACAUCUCUUCAGAAACUAUCAGAAAUGGGUGAGACCAGUGGAGGAUCUGAAUGGAACAGUGCAGGUGAAAUUUGGACUGGCUAUUUCCCAGCUGGUGGAUGUGGAUGAGAAGAACCAGCUGAUGACCACCAAUGUGUGGAUGAAACAGGAGUGGAGAGACAUGAAGCUCCGGUGGAAUCCGGAUAAUUAUUUGGGCAUCACCUCCAUCAGAGUGCCCUCAGACUCCAUCUGGAUUCCUGAAAUUGUGCUCUAUGACAAUGCAGAUGGUAAUUUUGAGGCCACAGUGACAAAAGCAGUGGUGAGGUAUGAUGGCAUGAUCUCCUGGACACCUCCUGCAAACUACAAAUCAGCCUGUACCAUCGAUGUAACUUUCUUCCCAUUUGAUCUUCAGAACUGCUCCAUGAAGUUUGGCUCCUGGACCUAUGAUGGUUCCCACGUGGACAUUCUCCUUGAGGAUGUGCAUGUAGAUAAACGUGACUAUUUUGACAAUGGCGAGUGGGAGAUUGUGAAGGCCACUGGCAGUCGAGGCUUGAGAACCGAUGGUACAUUUAUCUACCCCUCCAUCACCUACUCCUUUAUCAUCCGGCGUCUUCCUCUCUUCUACACACUCUUCCUCAUCAUCCCCUGCAUCGGCCUCUCUUUCCUGACUGUGCUGGUGUUUUAUCUUCCAUCUAACGGAGGGGAAAAGAUCUCCCUAUGCACAUCUGUCCUCGUCUCUCUUACUGUCUUCCUUCUGGUGAUAGAAGAGAUCAUUCCUUCUUCCUCAAAGGUGAUUCCUCUCAUCGGAGAGUAUUUGGUCUUCACCAUGAUCUUUGUGACACUUUCAAUUGUCAUCACUGUCUUUGCCAUCAACAUCCAUCAUCGAUCCUCGUCUACACAUCACAGCAUGGCGCCGUGGGUACGGCGCAUCUUUCUGCACCACCUGCCUAAACUACUCUGCAUGCGUAGCCAUGUGGAUCGCUAUGUCACCACUGGGGGUAGCCAGAGAGCAGACAGGACUGGCAGAGCAGGGCUGGGUUACAGAAAGAGUUUGGGCCAGGAAAACGACCAUCUGCUCAAUGCAGAACAUAGUCUACAGGCAGCCUUGGAAUCUAUACAUUACAUCACCCAUCAUGUUAUGAAGGAAAAUGAAGUCAGAGAGGUGGUGCAGGACUGGAAGUUUGUGGCCCAGGUUCUGGACCGUGUUUUUCUGUGGGCAUUCCUCUUGGUAUCAGUGCUCGGUUCUGCUCUACUUUUCAUUCCUGUCAUCUAUAAAUGGGCCAACAUCAUUGUCCCCAUCUACGCUGGAAGUACCAACUAAAACACACAAAUGUAGACUAUAUAGUAUUUCAGGAUUUUUAAUUGUGAAGAGAACAAUUGAAAAUACAUGUGAAUUAAUGAUAAGCAAGAAUUUGUGACUUUGAUAAAGCUUUUCAUUACAAUUACAACUGUAGUCUCCAAAACAUCUAUGCAACUUGUGGCUAUUGUGUGCUGUCAUUUCAGCUGUAACAUGCUGCAUGUCAUAUUCAUUGUCAUAUGUUGAAGUCAUUAUAAUAAAAUGUACAAUAAAAUAAUUGUGUUUUAAAAAGGGGUUAAAAUAACACAACAAUUUUGAGUUCUGCACACAGUUCAAGAAUUAAAUGUACUUUUUAAUUAUAUAUUUUGUAUUUAUUCUGGGGAACACCUGAAGCAUAGUCUUUAUAGAUGUGUAAAGACUGUGUGUAAAGACAGUGCUGUAAGAAACCAGUCUCUGCGACAGCACUAGGCUCUGUAGUAAUGAAAUAUUAUGGGAGUAGCCAGUAAUGACACCUGCUAAUAAAUUAUUUUGUGUGACAGGGUUUGAAAUGUCUUUGGAAAGUGGGGUUUUGGAGAGAAGGUGUGUGGUUGAAAUUUAGCAAAAUCGCAGAAAUGGCUGAAAUCGCUUUCAGCCACUUUAAGGCCUUUGCACACCAAACGCAAAUUUUCGCAAGAGAUCAACAUUUUGAAUUGAAACAAAACAUUCCUAACGAGCCAUUCUCACCUGAGUAAACAUUUGUGCCAAAUUGUACGCCUUAUUUUUUAAAUCUUUCCGCUGUGUGUCAUUUAUUUAUUUUUUUAUCAGCUGGGCGAUGAAAUGCCCUUAACAAUUAGCUUUGGAUCGUGUGUCAGAAGCCACUGUAGUUACGAAAACCAGUGAUGCUAAAGCACAGAAAUAAAUCCUGAACAAGCAGGUGUGUAUUUCAUUUGCAUCAAUUAACUUAAAAUCUGAAGCAUUUUUUUUUCUCACAGGUUCUCGUUACAUGUGAAUGAUACUGCUGCAUCACUACCUUUUAAAAUUAUCAUAAUUUACUACAUAUUGCUGCAUUUUUUUGCCUUUGAAUUUAAUCUGACGUGAGUUCUCUUAUAUCUUUAAUACUGUAUAAUGUACAGUAAGUUGCGGCAUCUUUGCCUUUGUAUAAUCUUUUUUUAAUUAACAACUUUAUGCAUCUUAAGUGUUUUUCUUUGCCAAAUAUUAAUACUAUUGCUAAGACAUGCAGUGCACUGCAGUGUAUAUUUGUCUUUGUAUUCACAAAUCAAAAUCAAAACGUGGCAGUGUCUCCACAAAAUCGUUAUUGCUGUGCAACUGUUAUUGUUAGUAGCUGUGCUGUUGUUGGUAAAUCUAAUAAUCUAAAAUAUCUAGAUCUAAUCAAUCUAAUAAUGUCAGAUGGGGUUUUUUUUAGGAAUUUUGUUUUAUUGUGUGCAUUAUAUAAACUCUUGAAGCAUUUAAAUAUCACA